AGAACACUCUUAUUGACAAAAUGGACACGAUGGAUCCUCAACAACAAGCGGACUCAGAAGCUUUAGCUUCUGCUGUAGGUGCAGCCGCAGCAGCAGCGCAUCAAUUAGGUUUAAGGACUCAUCAUCAUUCUCAAUCGUUUCAUCAUACUCUACAACAACCUAAUUUCUCAGAUCAUAAAGAGAAUGGAGGUGAUCAGGUGGAUAUAAACCAAUUGGACAUCCCUACCGUUGGAGAUGAUGGGGAUGAUGGUUUGGGAGAUUUAGGUUUGACAAUGGGAGAUGAUUUAUCUCCUAGAGGUGGAUAUGGGAGACCACCGAGUAUACGAAAGGCUUGUGACUUGUGUCACGCGGCAAAACAAAAAUGCUCAGGAGAUCGCCCAACUUGCACCCGCUGUCAAGCAGGUGGCUGGCAAUGCGUCUACGCGCCACGUCAACGGCGUCGGACCGCACCUAAAGACCAAAAAUCAGACAGUCCCAGAUUACAUGCCAAUAUGGCUUUACCACCUCCUCAACCGAAGAAGAGAAAGUUGGGAGUGAGGGAUAGUUGGAGUUAUGCCGAUGUUGACAAAAUGGCGAUGAAUAUCGCUUUGGACAUGGGUUUGGGGACGGAGGAGGAUGGGGAGGAGAUGAUAGGUAUGACCGAGGAGCAGAUGCUCGAAUCCAUCGCCAUCGACGGGUACUUAGCCGAUCUCCCCUUGGCGACUUACGUCCGUAAUCUCCCCUACAUUGCUCCACCGCCACCUCCCGAACCGCACUUCAGCGCCGAUGAUUUUCCCUCUACAGGCGAUAUGGAUCAACACACCACGUCCGCACUUCGAGAUGCCAUUUUCUCUCUGAACGAAUCCGGAGCAGGUAUAACAGUUCAUCCUGAACCUUCUGUCGAUCAUCACGAUAAUGGAGAAGAUCAAGAUCAAUCUUCCCAUGAUCCUCAUUUAGCUCUUUUGGAUUUAUCUCAUAUAAACGAUGAUACAGUUCCAUCAUCAGAUACUUUAAAUCUCCCAUCACUUUAUUCAGGAUGUAAUCAUCAACAAUUAGUUCCACACGUUUUAUCAUUAUUAUCACAACACGCUUUAGAACCUAAACCAGGAGCCAACACACCUUUAACAUUAUCGAUUUUUUCACCACUUUCAAGAGCUUUAAGAUUAUUACAUUCUUUAACACAAUGUUCACAUUGUAAUAUACCUCAUCAAACAUUACCACAAUUAGCUUUAUUAUCAAGAACGACCACGGUUUUAACUUUUCCUUUCCCACCUAUUUCUUCUUCACCAUCCGGUUCUGCUCAAAUCACUUUACAUGGUGCUAGAUUAAGUGGGACGGGUUUAAGUGAAGCUAUCGAACAACAUAUAGUCGGAGUUGUUUGGGAUAGUUGGAGAGCGGCGGUCAGAGAAGUCUUUAAUGCUUUCGAAAGGAAAGCUCAAGAGAUAAUGAGGUUGGCAGCUCAACAACAAGCAAAAGAAGGUGGUGAUAGAGAAAGUAACGGUGGUAGUGCUGAAACUCAAAGAGCUGGUUUAAUGUUUCAAGCUACUAGUAGGUUGAUCACUGCUAUGGAUGAGGUUGAGGGGAGUUAGUGUUAGUCUGUUGUUGGUUUUGUGUUGCGACUGGUUUGGGAUAUGAAACGUGACUUAUCGCUGGUUGGGGCAAGGGGGGGGGGUUAAGAUUCAGUGGGACGUAAACAGAUCUCGAUGGGAAAGGAAGUGUGAUGACUAUUGGGGAUGAGGGAUGAGGGAUCGAGGAAAGUUUAGAGAGAAUGAAUUUGUAGGAGGUAGUGCACAUAAUGGAUCUUAAGUCAGUAUGUAGGGAUGUACAAGUAUGUAUACUUGGGUGUUUUC